UAACUGAAAAGUAUUGUCAUCACUCACCAAUCAUCCGUUCAACCCACAUUCCGACUACACCUGAAGGCCUUUUCAACGCAGCGGCUGUUCGAUCAAAUCAGAUCAUUCUCGGCAUCCCGAUCUGUUCAAUUUCAAGGAGCGUGGACUUUUUUUCUCUAAUCCUCUCAAAAUUUCAUCUAUUGCGUUCUGAAUUUUCGGUUGUUUUUAAAUUCCUUGUUGCAGUAGUUCUUAAUCGAUCGAAGUUCUAACAAACUAGCGUUGAUUUCGAUUUGUCGCUGCAGAAUUGGGGGAAAAGAUGAGUCAAGCGUUCGAAGGUUAUGAGCGGCAGUACUGCGAGCUGUCUGCUAACCUAUCCAAAAAGAUUACUUCAGCAAGUCUCCUUGAUGGAGAACAGAAGAAACAGAAAAUAUUUGAAGUACAGACACGAUUGGGGGAUGCUGAGGCAUUGAUACGUAAAAUGGAUCUUGAAGCUAGGAGCUUGCCACCGAGUGUGAAGGCCAUGCUUCUUGCCAAACUAAGAGAAUAUAAAAAUGAUUUGAACAAUUUGAAAUCGGAAGUGAAGAGAAUCACAUCAGCUAAUGCCAAUCAAGCUGCAAGGGAUGAGUUGUUGGAAUCUGGAUUGCAAGAUACAAUGGCGGUAUCAGCUGAUCAAAGAGCAAGGCUGUUGAUGUCAACUGAAAGACUUAACAAGACAGGCGAAAGGGUCAGAGAAAGUAGAAAAACAAUGCUGGAAACUGAGGAGCUUGGUGUCUCAAUUCUUCAAGAUCUGCACCAGCAACGUCAAUCGCUUCUGCAUGCACAUGGCACUCUUCACGGGGUGGAUGACAACAUAGGCCGGAGCAAAAAGAUGCUCACCAACAUGUCAAGAAGGAUGAACAGAAAUAAGUGGAUGAUUGGAACAGUUAUUGCAGUCUUGAUUAUUGCAAUUCUUCUCAUUCUUUACUUCAAGCUGAUCCAUUAGAUAGUCAGCUCUGAUGAUUGGACAUCCUGUUUUAUUUUUCCACUCCCAAAUGUGGAAGUCUUAAAAUACACCAUUUUUUUUUAUGAUGUGUGAUUGUCGCUUUAUUGAUUUUGUUGGACUUAAUUUGUAUCUCAAAAUAUUAUGGUAACUGUAAUAUGAUAAUGCUUCGAUCAAAA